GUUACCAACGGUCGCGAUCGCACCGUGUCCGUUUCGGUUCCAUCAUUUCGGUCGGUUUCGGUGGUGACACCCUCUCGUGAGGUCGCUGACGACAAGGUCGAGCAAGAUAUCCAGUGUCAAGUGUCGCGGCGACGAGGAAGAUGCGACCAGAUUCGCGCAGCGUGUCGUUCACGUUCCACCGGGAAGUACUGGGCCCGCGGAACUCGCCGGAGAUGGUGCGUGGCACGCGUAACCUGCGGCAGCGUCUACAGGACCGAUUCGACAAGGAACGCGGAUCGGCCGGCGACGACGUGAAAUCGGCGAAGUCGAAAACAUCGAAGACGCUGAAGGAAUCUGCCGACCGUGCCUGGAACAACAUCAGCCUCGGCAACGUAUCCGCAGACUCGAGACGAGCGCUGCGAAACGGUGCCGAGAAACUGUCCAGGACGAUAUCGUCGGUGCGCACUACAUUCGGCACGAUAUCUCAGAAAUUCAGGAGUUCCACACGUAGACGCCAGCGAUUAGAAGAACAACAGUCACCAGGCGCCUGCAAGAUGCAGACACCACAGACUCGCUCUCGUCAGCUGCUGGGCCGUACCCCGACAAAGCUGUACAGCCCGUUUGGCAUCGAGACGCCGAGACACGCCUGGGGCAAGGAGAACGAUGCCAACGCGACACCGGUGCACGCCUCGUCGCCAGAAUGCAACACGCGUUACAUACACUGCAGGCCAUUCCGUUUCGCGAGAGUGAAGGGAUUCUCCGUGUUGAGAUAAAAGAUGCAAGUGGAUCAUCUCCUCGAGAAUAGUUCAGGACUCGACCAGGUUCUGGAUCUGGAAUCUCUAUAAUCUUGAGGAGGGCCUCUCUACUCAGCAAGUUGAUCUCUUCAUUUCCUAGCAAACGCAGUCAGAAUUGCGUGCCUUGUGCAACGAUACUUGUAUCGAGUAAUAAUUUAUUUGCGUUUGAUCUCGCGGCGGUGUCAUCAUUAAGCUGGGCGAUAAUCUUUUAUACAACUAGUACUUGUAGACGUGCUAGUGCAACUUUCAACGAUACUCAUCAUUCCAUCGCUUGUUUCGCGCAUGUAUUUGUAUCGUAAGCCUCCAUUUCUACUCUCUUUUAUACAUAUUUAUAUACAUAUAUAUGCAUUUGCAUCCACGGCGAUAAUGUUUGCGAGACAACGGGGCCAAUGCUUGCGUUCGGCCGUACUUUGAGACGCCAAAAGUCAAAGUAAAAGGGAGAGCAUUUUGAAAAUGUUUGCGCGGAAUGUUAAACGCAUAUCAAUUACGCAACUUGAAGAGAUUUCUAUCCUUAUUUCGUUUUUUCAUCUGGGACCUGUACAAGAAGAGUAAUUUCUUAAAGAAAUCUUUUAUAUAAUACGCACAAAAAUGGUGUUUUAAAUUUGUUGUAUCAUAAACUGAGGAUACUUUUACACCAAGGGUGGUCCGCUCAUAGUCCAUUCUUUUCAUUCAAUGAGAUGAUCUUAAGUAUAUCUUUUGGGUACUAAUACAGCCAUCCGAUUGGCUAACAAAUAUCUCAAGAUCAUAUUUAAGACAAUUCUAAUGUAAAAGCGGACUAUGGACAGCGUCUUAAGAUUGUUGUAACGAUGCUUGUUUGAAAGGAUAGACGGGAAUAUAGCCACGCACUUGUAAUUCUCAGGAUAAAGCGCACAAUUGUUUGACAUUAGAUUUCAGCUAGAUUUGCAUUUCGUCCAUUUCUUGCUAUCUUUUCCAACGAGAUUGCUGUAAAAUAUCCUUGGUUCAUGCAUUGUCGAUAUAUAUAUAUAUAUAUAUAUAUAUUUAUUUGUAUUUUAGUAGCGACUCUUAAAACCACGAACUAUUGUUCUAACAAUGAAAAUCUGACAACUCCGAAACACGGCCUCGAGGGACGUAGCCCUGCUCUCAAGCUACCACAUAUCUAACCCUGAUUUAUUUAUUGGCACAUAAUAAAAUCUUUUAUAUCGAAA